GCGCCGGUCUGUACCGGAACGGUUGGCGGCCUUCUCUGAUUGGCUAUCGAAGAAUCUAUAUAAAGCGCGGGGCGGUGCCGCGCCGCUCAGUUUAGCGACUGGACUUGAAACGAGGCUGUCUGGUGGUACGGAGAGGCUUGAGGUAGCGCGCGUCGCCAGAGUCGUUUCUUUGCGGAGUCUCCAGCUCUCCAGGCUGCGCCCCACGGGCGGACUUGUGUUCUCCUCUCUUCCUACCCCUAGCUGCCCAGCGUGAGCCAGUGCUGCCCUUUCCCCUCGGCGCCAGCCCCGAGAAGGGAGGCAGAAUGGAGUUCAAGCUGGAGGCUCACCGCAUCGUCAGCAUUUCCCUGGGCAAGAUCUACAACUCGCGGGUCCAGCGCGGCGGUAUCAAACUGCACAAGAACCUCCUGGUCUCGCUUGUGCUGCGCAGCGCCCGCCAGGUCUACCUGAGUGACCCGUGCCCCCGCCGGAACUCGGAGGAGCAGCUGGGCCGAGGCGAGGAGGACGGCGAGGAGGAGAUGGAGACCGGGAACGUGGCUAACCUUAUCAGCAUCUUCGGUUCCAGCUUCUCCGGACUCCUCCGGAAAAGCCCCGGGGGCGGCCGGGAGCAAGAAAAGGGAGAGGAGAGCGGCCCGGAAGCCGCCGAGCCCGGGCAGAUCUGCUGUGAUAAGCCGGUGCUGAGAGCCAUGAACCCUUGGAGCACAGCCAUCGUGGCCUUCUGAGCCGGCCCGGUGCGUGCGGGGAGGAGGUUGAGCAGCGGGCGUCCCGAAGGGAGGGCUGGGCCCCUCCCGGCGGCAGGGCCGCCCGAGGCCGCGGGCGCCGAGCGCGCUGGGACACUGCUUGCUGCCGGGCAGCAUGGACUGCCCCCGGGCCGGGCAGCCCGAGGGCCGCGACUCUCGAGUCUCCUCUGGGGCCCGGGGAGUUCGAGGCUUAUUGGAAGGGGACGGUCGUUAACUUUUGUGUUUGUGUGCGUCUGUGUGUGUAAGUUCGUCUCGUAAGACUAUUUUUUUCCCUUCUGGAAUGCACCACUCCUUCCCCGGGUUUAAGAGCCCGGGGGCAGACAGGGACUUUCCUCUGCCGGCAGCACUGAGAAGGAAGCGGCUAGAAGGCAGGGGCCUGGGAGUUCCCCGCGGGUUCUCCGGGGAGGGAGGGACUUUCACACACCCCUCCCUCACUUGAAGAUUAGACCUGCACGGGGCCUGCCGGCUAGCGCUAUCCUGGCUAGCGCUAUCCUCGCUGGGUUCUCUAAAUCAAGGGAUUUGGUCAGCAGUAGAGACUCAUUCUUUUCCUCCCACCUUUCUCUCCUACCGUUUAUACCCUGUGAUUACUCUGGGAAAGGGGAAUAUUAAGGGCCCUUCGCUUCCCCACAGGGGCGCGGGGAGGGAGGGGAAGCUUGAUGAACUUCAUAGAAGAGUUCAAGCUUGGAAAUACGGAGUUUAUAGAGAAAAGAUAUAUUUUUAAAAGCUCUAGGUCAGAACUACACAGUGCUUUUAAAAAGUGUUUAAUGAAACAAAGUUUACAGACAGAAGCCCCACGUGGAAAGACCUUAUGGUUUUGUAGAUAAUGGUGACUCCAGUCUUUGUUGUAUAAAGGUUGGGGGAGCUGAUAAGGUUUUUGUACAGUAUUUUCUCCUUCGUUGUAUUGAUUUUUUUGUAUAAAAUGUAACUUUACGUGUCUAACACGUAUUAAAUAUUUUGAAGCAAC